AUGACAGAAUCACCACACAGCGAGCUAAUUGCUACCCUGACCGAACUGUAUGACCUGCUCGACGCGCUUGGUGUUGUAUCCCACUGCUCGCCUCUUUUCCCUCCUCAUGCCAACAUCAACGUCGAAGCUGCCCGUGCAGUAGGGUACGCGCCAGAGACCGUACGAUUGAUGUGUGAUCUACCCUAUCUUGAGGUCAAGUUGUACGACCGCUCACUCGAACUCUUACCCAACACAUACCCGGUCUCGUACCUAAGCGCCGUUGAUGAAGGCAGCUUCGAGGCAUUGCGCGAGAUGCUACACGAUGAGAUGAUGCCUCCCACUGCACUGCGAUUGACAUACGGCGAAUUAGGUCAAGGCACAGAGUACAUCUAUGAUACCGACACGACACUGAUAUAUGCAUGGUGUCCUGCUGAGAAUCCUGACGAGGUUGAUGAUUACUACCAUGUACAAGGACAGCCUCCUCGUCAGGCGUUGAGCAAGCUGAUCAACGACAACCGUACCCUCAAGUACAUAGUCACACCUCACGGGACCGACUUUAAUCACGACUUCUUCUCCAAGUCUGGUGGCCAACCACCUUCUGGAGGGAAUUGGAGCAUAACAGAUCAAGACCACUGGCGUGCGCAAUACAAGGCUUGGAAAGCUACGCGAAAGAUCAAGAAUAUUUACUUGGACUUUGGAUGGAAUGUUGAUACAGUAGAUCAGGCCCUGUUCAAACGGGAGGAGUUCGUGAUCGCGCGAGAUUGGUAUUGGAAAGAGGUUGUGGAACCUCUGUUAAACAUUUGA